AUGACCCCUACAACCCCUUACUCUCCUGCACCUCCAAAGGGUGAGAUCACAGCAACUAAAGAGGAACCUGCUUUAUCUUUGGACACAACUCAAGGAAACCCAAAUAGUGUGAAGGGGAACACUACUUCUACCCCUGUGAGGCCAACUUCAUAUCAGAAUUUAUCUUUCAAUCCAAAUGGAACCUAUGGAAGAGGCAAAAUAUACAAAAUGUCUAUUACUAGAGCAUAUGGAAGGGUGGAUGCAGAUGGUUCCAGGUAUCUACUUGGUGACAAUCAUAUUAGUUUUCCUCAAGUAGAAGUUAAGAGUUUUCCAGCAGAAGCAAUCAAUCCUCUUGCUUGCAAUACUGAUGGUACUUACAUAGUAGGAGGAGUUUCAGGUCAUAUUUACUUGUGGGAGGUUGCAACUGGUAGAUUAUUAAAGAAAUGGCAUGGUCACUAUAGGCCUGUUACUUGCUUGGUCUUUUCUAAUGAUCAAUCACUUUUGAUUUCUGGAUCUAAGGAUGGAACUGUUAGAGUCUGGUCACUUCUGAUGAUAUUUGAUGAGGAAGGACAACAGAGAGCAGGACAUCUAUAUGAAUACAGUUUCACUGGUCAUGCUUUACCUGUAUGGAGCCUAACUAAAGGGACAUUGUUGAGAAAUAUUGUGUUCCCUUCAAAACAUGCAUUGUGCAUGACAAGGCCCUUAUUACUGGUUACUGCAUCUAUUGACAAAAUGGUUCUCAAGAAAACAAUUAGUGUUGAUGGUGAUCUAAAAAUGGGUGGUUCUGUUGUAUGGUUGGGCGAUCUUCCAUUAAAGUUCAACUUGGAGUCACUCAGCUAUCAAUCGAUAGCACUGUAA